AUGGCCACCCGGCCUUCGUCUGAGGUCAUUGAUCUCACAGAGGACGACGACAUGGAAAACGAGCUGGAGAUCCUCCGGAGCACGCACACGCCGCGCAACCCACCGCUCUCCCGCGCACGCAACCCCAUGCAGUACUUUGCCACCAUCUACCGCGAGGGUGACGCUGUGUCUGCGUCGGCCAGCUUCACGGCACCGUCGCCGCGGGCUCCAGCAGCGGCUGCGCCGUCACAGCCGCCGUCCUCGCGAUCCACACAUUCGUCACCCUUUGCAUCCACCCUGGGCUUCGGGCACUUCUUUGGACACCAGCACCGCGGGAACUCGCCCGUCAAUCGAGAGCAGGCCGCAGCCGCCGCACAGGGCAGCGCGUCGCCGCCGCCGGCUCGCCCGGGCAGCCAGCAGUCGGAGUCAUUGUAUGGCCGGCCCUCACCCGGCCUUCACCGGCCGCCUUCAGGGCAGGGAGGGCAGGCAUCUUCGCCGCGACCGUAUGCCCAGCCCUCGCAGUCGGAGCCGGCGUCUAUUUCUAGUCCGUCGGGUGCAACAAGACCGGCGGCUGCGAGUUCUUCGGACUAUAUGCUGAACCAAACCAGCCAGGCACAGCCGGCUCGGUCCGGCUCCGGAAACUCGCCCACAAUGUCCACAACGUCCACAACGCCCAAACCUGCCGCCGCACAGACCAGCCAGGCCUCACCAACCCUGCCGUCACAGUCGUGGAUGGGUCGCUCGUCGCCGGUGAUGAACAGCAAGCAGCCAUCCACGUCAGCACGCACUGCGUCGCCCCAACAGGCGUUCGCGGCUCGCUCGCAGUUUGGACACGGCCAAUCGUCCUAUCCGAGGCAGGCCUCGUCCUCGCAGCAGUUUACGGACAUGCAGCACCACGAGCUCCGACUGCAGGCACGACAGCAGGAGGAGCAGCGUCAGCAGGAGCAACGUCAGCAGGAGCAGCGGCAGCAGGAGCAACGGCAGCAGGAGCAGCGGCAGCAGGAGCAGCAGCGGCAACGUCUGCUCGACCAACAGCGCCGACAGGAGCAGCAACGGCAACCCGAGCAGGAAGAGCAGCCCGGGUUGCGGGUAAUGCUGCAGCACCUCGCCGUGCUAGAGAAGCAGCGCAAAAGUGACGAGCUACGCCAGCAAAUCGAGCAACACCAGCAACGCCAGGAAGAGUACGAACGCCUUCUAGCACAUACCUUUGCCCAGGCCCAGGCCCACCAAGCCCAGACCCAACAGCAUCAACAACAACAGCAGCAGCAGCAGCAGCAGCAGCAACAGCAGCAGCAACAGCAGCAACAGCAACAACAGCAACAGCAACAACACCAACAACACCAACAACACCAACAACACCAACAACACCAACAACACCAACAACACCAACAACAGCAACAACAGCACAGCAGCGUCCAUCAAUCAGCCUCAACCGGCCACCUCUCAUACAGCUUGAGCUCCGGCGCCCGGUCACCGGCCCAGCACUCACCACAGCAUUCUCCACACCUCCAUCCGUCCACCUCCAGCCAACAUUGGUCGUCAACGCCGCUGUCUACCUCCGGUGGGCCCCCGUCCUCGCUGCGGCCGAGCCAGUCACAUCCUCUGCCCAACCCUGCCGCCUACCGAUCAUCUACUGCUAGCGGCCAUGCCUGGCAGACUGCCCUCUCACAGUUCCAAACACCCCAUCGCCGCAACUCGCCGCUGCUCAGAAACUCGCCCCCAAGCCAGACACUGCCUCCGGUGCAGACCAAAUCACCCCCUCACCCUUAUGGAAACCCGCAACCACGGCGGCACUUGCAACAUGCACGGCAGCAUCCAAGCCAAGAGUCGUCGGCCACGAGCGCUACAAGUCGGUCUGCGACGCAGCAGCAACCGCAACAGCUCGCAGAAAAAAGUUCAUACCCACCCUAUCCGUCCUCGUUCUCUCUACGGGCGUCACCGCCGAGAGAUACAUCAAUACCUCAGUCUCAAUCCCAGCACGAACAAUCACCAUCCAAACGGUCUUCUCCUCCUCCUCCUAACCAAGGUCAAUCACCUGGCCAGCCGUCUACGGCAGCACAGACCUCACGGGCGCAAUCCCCCCGCCGUCCAUGGGAACCUAUCCGGUUCAACCGACCCUUGGCCGCCCAUCCGCCUGCCCCUGCGACCGAGUCUCUUCCUUCUCACCAGCAGCCCGCCGCCUCCGCCUCGUCUGGAACGGCAGCUCGGAAAAUCUCGGCACAAUCACCAGCCCCUGUUGCGUCGUCGUCCCCUGUAUCUGUCUCCUCCGGAUCUUCGUCACCUCGCCCCGGAUCGGCCGCUGCAAAAAGAGACAGCAACAGCAACAGCAACAGCAACAACAACAACAACAACAACAACAACAACAACAACAACAACAACAACAACAACAGCAGCAACAACAACAACACCGGCGGCAAUCGUAAUAUCCUUAAUAUUAAUCAUCUGCGACCGCGCUUGUCCACACAAAUAGAGCAUCUGCCGGAUCGCCUUCGUCUUGGCACGGGCCUGUACCCCUCCAAACCCAUUUCCCUCUCGGCCUCAUCAACAAACUCCCCAGCGCCCUUAUCACCACCCCCCGCCUCGUCGCUUCCUGAGCCGCAUGCUCGUAAUCAGGAUAAAUCGGCCCCGCUCAGGACGCCGCCACGAGACCAGCAUCCUCAGAUCAAUUUGCCCGGGGACGUUGCACGUCAGCAUGAAGCGCGGCCAGACGCCCCUACGGCCACGUUGCAGGACGCGACACAACAGGACGCGGCACUCCAAGACAGGCUGCUCCAAGCAGAAGCGAGGCGUGCUACCGACAAUCUUGCUCUCUCCCCCGACGCACGCAGAGCUGAGAUUCGGCGCGCAGAGGCCCAGCAGGUCGAGGUCCUUCAAGCCGCAGCACUGCGAGCCGAUGCCGUCCAAGCCGAAGCCCUGCUUGCAGAAGCCCGCCGUGCCGAGGCUCUGCAAACUGCCGAAGCCCAACGCGUGGACGCAAUGAAGAUUGACGCCGUCCAGGACGAGGUUCUACUCUCCGAAGCGUCGCCCAACAAAACUGUGUCGGUACAGUCGCCUGGUCAGACCCCUUCGGUAAAAACCACACCCUCCAAGAAGGGGACGUCCGCGUCCGCGCCCGAUGCGCGCUCCGCCCCCUCUCCCACCAAGACACCAACCCGGCCCCAGCCGGACUGGACAGUGGCCGAAAUCAUGGCAUCGCUCGAAACGUUCCUCGACUCGCUUCUCGUCGACCACGGACGGGACGUGGAGUACGCCAUUGACAUGGCCAAGCCCAGAGCCCAGACCGUUGUUCGUAGUUUUGACGACUUUGCCGAUCUUCCGGUGCAAAACAUUGAUGCGAGCGACGAUACAGACGACCGUGUCCUGCUGCGCGGCAAGCUGCAUCGUGACAAUCAACGUCGACCCGAGGCACGCACCAUCCAUGCCCGAGUUGUUCCGCUCAAGACACCCGGCAAGGCUGUGCCCAAGUACCGCUUCCAUCACGUCGAGAUUUCCAAGAACAUCCUGUCGCCCAACACCCCUCUCAAGUUUAUUCCUCAUCUUAGAGAUUUUGAAGACAACUCGGAAGAGAAGCGGCGACACGACCAGUGGAUAGAGGAGCUGGAGAGCAUGGAACGCAAGUCCGGCUUCGACUCGUCCAAGCUCUUCCAAAAAGGCGACACGACACGCAAGUCCGAAUUUACCAAGCUGCUGUCCGACUACCUUGACCACUGGAUCGCUCGACUGGGAAUCGACAACUGCAGCAAGACCUCGCUCAUCCGAUACAUGGCGAACGAGGCGCAAAAUGACCAGACGAUCACGCCCCAGCAAAAGAACAGCCUGCUCAGCUCGUGCGGCGAAGACUCGGCCACACCGCGCGCCGCCGUCGUGGCCAGCAUGCUGACGGAGGCAUUCAACCGUGUCUUCAAGAGCCGCGACGUGACCCUAUACGACGUGCUCAAGCAGGACGAGGCCGUCGAAAGCGUCUUUGAUCCCAAGAAGGCGACCAAGAGCAAGGACCAGGACAACGAGCCGUCCCUCGAGCAGAUCCAGCAGUAUCUCGGCACCUACACCUCACUCAAGUGCAUGAUCUGCAACACCCAUUCGUGUGAGCACGGCGAGUUUGACGCCGAAAACGUUCGCCGGUGCUUUUCUAUUGACGAUCUUGGCGGCAAACUCUGGAAACAUGUCGAACGCCGCCGUGACCGCCAGACCCGAGAACUGCGCCAGCUGCACGCACACCAACAAAAGGCUCUGGGUGCUACCAGCGGCAACAGCAACUUGAACGGCGCAAACGGCAGUGUUGAAUUCGGUGCCGGCGCGAGCAAGCAUGGUGCCAACAACUUGGCACCCGUCGCCAACUCUCCGCCCUGCCGCAACAAAUGCUACCGCAGCUAUGACAUUGGCGACGCCGCAUUCGUUACGCGCGAGUGGACCGAGAAUGAGACGAACCUGCUUCGUAGUUUCCACCUCACUUUUGCCAACAGCACAGGCAAGGUCCCCUGCGCUCUCUGUCCGAUGAUGGGCCGCCACUGUUGGGAGGUGUACCGCCGCAUGAAAGAACUGGGCCUCUCUAUUGCGCUUCGCCCAGAGACGCCUUCGGAGGCGACAGAGCCGACGCCCGUGCCUGUUAAGCCAGUCGCCUGGUACGACCGCCACCGCAAGGUCUUGAAUGGCGACUGGUCCGACCACACGCACACGCACUUGUAUGCGCUGCGCGAACAGCGCGAGCCGUGCAACCACGACGGCCCCUGCACGUCCGCACGCGGCUGCCCCUGCGUGGAGGCUAAGCUUCUUUGCGAACGGUUCUGCCGCUGCACGGCCGAGUGCUGUGCGUUUAAGUUUACCGGCUGCGCCUGCCACGGAUCCGGCAAGACAUGCUACCAGCGCCAAAAGGAGGGCAAGCCGUGCAUCUGCGUCCAGCUGAACCGCGAGUGCGACCCGGUGCUCUGUGGCGGCUGUGGCGCCCGCGAGCGUGCCGACCCGGAGAACCGCGACGACGACGAGCUGCACACGACGGGCUGCCAGAACGUGUCGCUCCAGCGUGGCAAGUCCAAGGCGGUCGUGCUGGGCCAGUCGCAGCUGCAGGGCUGCGGGUAUGGCCUCUUCACAGCAGAAGACAUUGGCGCCGACGAGUUCAUUAUCGAGUACGUUGGCGAGUUGAUCACACACGACGAGGGUGUGCGGCGUGAAGCGCGCCGUGGCGACUUCUUCGACCAAGGCGCCAACGCGUCGUACCUCUUUACGCUGCUCGAGCAGGACGGCAUCUGGGUCGACGCGGCCAUCUACGGCAACCUGUCGCGGUACAUCAACCAUGCGUCUGAGAGCGACAAGCGUGGCUGCAACAUCACACCCAAAAUUCUCUACGUCAACGGCGAGUUCCGCAUCCGGUUCUCGGCCAUGCGUGACAUCAAGGCGGGCGAAGAACUUUUCUUUAACUACGGAGAAAACUUUCCCAAUUUGACAAAGAAGCUGCUCGAGGACAAGGCGUCGGCCAGCGACGACGACGCUCUGGCCAAUACUGGCAAGAGCCGACAAAGCGGCGCAGCACAACGCCAGGCCACCAACUACAACAACAGCCGUCGAAAGGGCCAGCAGGCCAUGCGCAGUCGUGCGCCUACAAAGAGUGUGCAGACUGGGCCUAGCAACAGUCGCAGCGGUGGAAACGGUAAGAACAUCCGCAGCAACGACAGUUCUCACCUCCCGCGUCGCUCGCGGCCCAAAGGCGGUGCCCGGAAAGAGGCCCCGCCACCCCGCCGCGCCGAUACAGACGACCUUUCUGCGGAUGACGAUGGCGACGAUGACAACGACGAUGCCGACCACAUGGACAUUGACAGUGGCAACGGUUCACAACGCGCCUCGGUUCGAAACAGAUCGACCAAGUCUGCCUCGCUGAAGCGGAAGCGGCGCAACACCAUCGUUGACGACGACGAUGGCGACGACGAGAGCGAUGGCGGUCACAGGGGGAAAGUUGGAUCAGACGAUGAACAGCUCGCCGAAGAAUCCCACCGCACCGGGCGCAGCAGCCGCCGACGCCCUGGUGCCACUACGACAUCAUCCUCGGCAGCCGCUUCCGCUACAGCGGGCAUAGGCGCCAUCGCCACGGAAUCGGCUGCUCUGCCCGAAACGCCACGACGUCUUAGAGCCCGUCUCGGCACCCAACGAGCAGCCAGCCGGGAGAGGAGCGACCACGGGACGAGCCACGAUGACCAUCCUGCCGAUGAGGACGGAGGACACGGAGGCGGUGUUGUUGACUCACCGCGGACGCGGAAUCGCCGCGCAGCGAUGCGCUUCGGUAACGGCGGGGCCGCGUUCACGGACGGGGAUAACGACACCGACCAACAGCCACUUAAGAAGCGGCCACGCAUCGGCACUCGGCGUGGUGACGCAGCCACGUCCAAUGCUGCCGCACAGCACAACAAUACGGACAGCGACAACAUGGUUGUUGACUCGGACGAGUCGAUCCCGACGCGCUCCCUGCGGAACAGGCGGCCUCGGCAACAACAGCCGCGACUGACAGAACUGUCGACGGCAGAUCUACCGGACCGGCGGCGUGCGGACAGCGAUGGCGGCGGUGGCGAAGGGGACGAAGGCGGCACCAGCGCGCCCGCAUCGGCUGUGGUGGCGCUCGGCACGACCGACGAUGACCAGGGCAGUAUGACUUCCGCAAGCCAGUCGUACGGGCCAAAUCAUCAGAGCACGCCAGGCAGGGCUGCCCGUACUGCUGCUACUGUGCCUGCCACUGCGACCCCAACCACAUCAUCGACAGUCAACACGCGCCGCCGUAACGUUGUGCCCGAUUCCGACGACGAUGUGGACGUGUCCAACAUCACGUCGAGCCGCGCCAGCCGCAGCGGGAUGCGCAGCGCGCCCAGACCGUCUUCGCAUGCCGCCCCGACGACGUCUCGUGUUGCCACGCCCCUGUCGCGACCACACACGCCCAAGGUCAACGACAAGGCGGAUGCCGGCGGCGGCACGAGCACCGGCAACCUUGGCCAGACCGGCAGCAUCCGGCGAAGCCUGCGGAGCAACGACGACGCGUCCCGACCGGGCUCGUCUGGCUCAGGGGUUGUGCCGGCGCCCACAUCCGCCCCGGCCGCGCAGUCGACGCCGAUCAACACGCGCUCUCGGUCCGGUGGCGAAGACGACAGUGGAGGCAGUUCAGUUGAGCGCAGCCAGCGCAAGCGGCAGAUGCCGGCCCGAUACCGCACGGAGGAUGCACUGUAA